CCCUUCGCUCCCUCCCUCCUUGGGUGACGCAGAAACUUUCUAGAAAUCCUUCCCAUCGCCCUUUGCGUUUCCAACAUGGAGGACCUGACGGUGGAAGUGCGCGGCUCUAACGGAGCUUUCUACAAGGGAUUCAUUAAAGAUGUCCAUGAAGAUUCGCUCACGGUUGUUUUUGAAAACAACUGGCAGCCAGAACGUCAGGUUCCAUUCCAUGAAGUUAGAAUGCCACCCCUACCAGAUAUCAAGAAAGAAAUUACUGAAGGGGAUGAAGUUGAGGUUUACUCCAGAGCCAAUGACCAAGAACCUUGUGGAUGGUGGCUUGCUAAAGUUCGAAUGAUGAAAGGGGAGUUUUAUGUUAUCGAAUAUGCUGCUUGUGAUGCUACCUACAAUGAAAUUGUCACAUUUGAGCGGCUUCGACCUGUGAAUCAGAACAAGCCUGUCACAAAGAAUUCUUUCUUUAAAUGCAUGGUGGACGUGCCAGAAGACCUGAGAGAAGCGUGUGCCAGUGAGGCUGUGCAUAAAGAAUUCAAGAAAGCCGUAGGAGCAUGCCGUGUGUAUUUUAAUGCAGAAUCUAAUCAAUUAAUUAUCUUGUCUGCAAGUGAAUCAACGGUGAAGCGGGUAAAUAUACUAAGUGACAUGCACUUGCGCAGUAUUCGCACAAAACUGAUGCUUAUGUCAAGAAAUGAAGAAGCCACCAAACAUUUAGAAUGUACAAAGCAACUUGCAGCUGCAUUUCACGAAGAAUUUGUUGUCCGAGAAGAUUUAAUGGGACUGGCAAUAGGUACACAUGGAAACAACAUUCAGCAAGCCAGGAAGGUUCCAGGUAUCACAGCUAUUGAGUUAGAGGAAGACAGUGGGACUUUUCGAAUCUAUGGUGAGAGCGCAGAAGCGGUAAAGAAAGCACGAAGUUACUUGGAGUUUGUAGAGGACUUUAUUCAGGUUCCUAGGAAUCUUGUUGGAAAGGUCAUUGGCAAAAAUGGUAAAGUCAUUCAAGAGAUUGUGGAUAAAUCUGGAGUUGUACGGGUGAGGAUUGAAGGAGACAAUGAAACAAAACUACCCCGUGAAGAUGGCAUGGUUCCAUUUGUAUUUGUAGGAACAAAGGAGAGCAUUGGAAAUGUUCAGGUUCUUCUAGAGUAUCACAUUGCUUACCUUAAGGAGGUAGAGCAGCUAAGACUGGAAAGACUUCAAAUUGAUGAGCAACUUCGUCAAAUUGGUAUGGGCUUCCGGCCAUCAUCAAGCAGAGGUACAGAAAAGGAAAAGGGUUACGCAACUGAUGAAAGCACUGCCUCUUCGGUCCGUGGAAGCAGAUCUUACAGUGGAAGGGGUCGAGGACGUAGGGGCCCAAAUUACACGUCUGGCUAUGGUACAAACUCUGAGCUGUCCAAUCCUUCUGAGACAGAGUCCGAAAGAAAAGAUGAGCUAAGUGACUGGUCACUAGCUGGCGAAGAUGAUCGAGAGAGCCGCCAACAGAGAGACAGCCGAAGGCGCCCUGGAGGCCGAGGUCGAAGUGGAUCUGCUGGACGGGGGCGUGGUGGAUCUAGGGGUGGCAAAUCUUCUAUUAGCUCUGUUCUCAAGGAUCCUGACAGCAACCCAUACAGCUUACUUGACAACACAGAAUCAGACCAGACAGCCGAUACUGACGCAAGCGAAUCUCACCACAGCACUAACCGCCGUAGGCGAUCACGCAGGAGGAGGACUGAUGAAGAUGCAUCUUUGAUGGAUGGGACGACUGAAUCUGAUAAUGCCUCUGUUAAUGAAAAUGGCUUGGAUGAUAGUGAACAAAAACCCCAGCGACGCAAUCGUAGCCGCAGGCGUCGCUUCAGGGGUCAGUCAGAAGAUAGACAGCCAGUUACCGUGGCAGACUAUAUCUCCAGAGCCGAGUCACAGAGCCGACAAAGAAACCUCCCUAAAGAAGCAUUGGCUAAGGGCAAAAAAGAAAAGGUAAAAGAUGUAAUUGAAGAACACAGUCCUGCAGAAAAGGUUACAAAUGGCCCUCGAGGGUCCUCUGGCGACAGUGCUUCAAAGUCUCAGACACCAGCCCCAGAAAGAAAAGAUGGAAGCAACCAAGAAGCCAUACUGAACGGGGUGUCCUAAAAUGGAGUUUCCUAGUUUACAGUUCCUUUACAUUACAUUUUACAAUAGUGCUUGUACAAGCUUGCCAAAGAUAGAUUAAGGAUCGCCAGUCUUUACACCACACUUUCAGUUCCUCCAUUUGGAAUAAAGAAAGGGGAGGGAUCCUGAUACACAUGUUAAACAUAAGUUGAUACCUACUGUGUUCUAAAUACAUCAUCAGAUGUGCCUUGAGAUAGUAUACAAAACAUUAAAGAAAAAAAAAGUAAAAAAAAAAAAAAGUGCUGGCUAAAGGAAAUGUUUUGUUUUCAAAUAUAGCAUUGAAUUGGGGAGAUCCUGCAUAAUAUUUGUUCUGAAAGCAUUAGCUGCUUUUGUUACAUUUUUAAUAAUAUGCAACCACUUCUUCACCUGAGGAAAAACUAGAAAAUGCAGUCUAAAAGUAUUUUGCACUGAACUGUAACUUCUCCAUUGGUUAGGUCUGGAAACUGGUCGUUUUAAUACAUGUUUAAUUUUUUUUUUUUUUCUUUUUUAUUAAAAAAAAAAAAGCUGUAUGGAGGAAACUGCAGACCACUGGAACAGACAAAUACUCAUCUGCAGCUAUUGGCAGUGACUGUUCUUCAUUGGGGCUUUGUUUGGUUUAUUUAUUAAACUGUACAGUAUUUAAAAAUCAAACAUUGCUAUAAACACUAAACCGAACGUAGUCAUGUCCACAAAGGUAUAAUCCUAACUACUGAUGAAAAGAUCAAUUUCCAGAAUGUUUCUCCUGUAUAAAACUGCAUAUGUUAGUCCUUAGUAUGGUAUUUUUAUUUUUGUUUUGGUUGUUUGAUGUGCAAUAUGUUUUUGUAUGCAGGUAGUAAAAAGAAAAAAAAAUAAACUUUGAUCUUCCAUUUUUGAUUAUCUGCCUAGUUUCCUAUGGGGAAGAUAUGAUAAAUUCUUAAAGCUGAACUCCAGGCAUAUAUAUAUUAAAAAAACAAAAAACUGUUAUUCGUAAAAGGUCAAUGUAUUUUUAAAUGCAACAGGUCUAAAGAAAAUUAGACUUUUGCCUUUUUUUUCUUUUUUUUUAAGCCACUUCUAAUCCCCUUGCCUAGGAGCGCUCGGGCAUGGAAGGGGCCAGUAAGUAGUAGUUGGUCUCUCUGCUGACAGAGGGAACCUUUUAACAAAAACGCGCAGUGUGGUCUCUUCAAUGUGCUGCUAUUUUAUUGUACAAUCUGCAGGCUGGUUGUAUGUACUUGGCCAAAUUCUUCUGCAGUGCUGUUCCAAAGGCUUGGCUAUGCUGCCUGGUAGGGGUGACUGGCUCGCAAAACGUGCUGCAGAAAAUUACAGUUCUUUUGGCGGGUAAAUCUGUUCCAGAAUGUUAAUUGUGUAUUUAGCUGCCUACCAGGAGUUCAGCUUUAACCCCUCAGUUACUCAGACAUCCAGCAACAGAACAGGGAGGUUAAAAAUGUAUGUAUACAUAAUUACCUCUGAUUGAAAAAAUGUGAUCACAGUUGACCAGUUUUGAGAUUUAAGUGCUUGAUAAAAUUUGCAAGAAGUAAUGACAAAUUAUGAUUCCUUUUUUUGUACUAUACAGAUUUCCUUGAUUUUACAUCACAUGUCAUAAUUAACCCUGGUUUUUGGUUCUGCUGAUGUUGGCCACACAUACUGAGGGCCCAAAUACAUAACUGGACAGAAAUCCAAGAAAUAAACAUCUUUCCAGCACAUACUUUUCAAGCA